AUGUCACCAGAUGAGAGCACGUUAUUGUUCGAGGGCUUCCUGAAAAAAAGAAAAGAUACGAUGAAAAUGAGGUGGGCGACGUACUGGUUCAGGCUCCAAAACACAACCUUGUUCUUCUACACCAAGAAAGAUGGCAGUGCUUCACACCUCAGAGGCCUGUACUACAUUUACACUGUGCAGGCGGUGCGAGAGGUCCAGAGGGACACUGGCAAGCGCUUUGUGUUUGAGAUCAUCAUGACCAAUGGAAAGAGAAAAGUGCUGGCAGCAGAAACAGCUGCUCUGAGGAGGGAGUGGAUGGGACACCUGUGGCAGGCCAUGCACCUCUCGAGCUCCGGGGCCUUGGACCAUGGAAACACACACCUGGAUGUGUGUGAGCAACGAGAGAGUUUACAGUGCAGCACAAACAGCUGCUCAGACAAUGACAGUGUGUCGGGCUCGCUGCCCGCUCGGCCCCUCUCUGCCCCGGCUCUGCCAGACCAGCCCCGCCCCGAGGACAGGAGGACCCUCUCUGCCCCGGCUCUGCCAGACCAGCCCCGCCCCGAGGACAGGACGGCCCUCUCCUCAUUCUGCUUCACUGAGCAGCUGGAUGGCGAGGAGCCCACCUACCUGAACACACUGCCAGCGUGUAAAAGACAGCAUGAGCAUCACAACGAUGAAAGGCUCAGCGGUGCUACAUGGUACAGUGAGUUCAGCAGCGAGAAGGAGCAGCAACAAGAGGGAGACUACGAUGUUUUACCACCUCGAAACACAAUAUAUGAGGUCAGCCAGCCAGAGAGGGACUUGGAUCAGACAGAAAACCCGUAUGACGUUCCCGUCUUUAACAGGAGGGCUGCUGACCGUCAGGAGCGCAGACAAGUGCAAACAGAGAGCAUCUAUGACGUUCCCAGCUCUCUUUUAAGGAAAAUGUCUGAUCACACUGUUGACGACCAGCUGGAGGACGGGGCGACUCACGAGGAGGACAUGACGCUGCAUUUGGGGCGACAACCGACAGACUGUGGGGGAAAUGUGGCCGACUCUGAGGAACUGUACACGCCUGUGCAUUUCUAGGAUCACAGACUCAAUUCUUUCUGCACAAGCAUUUCCCUUCCUUUGUGGGUGUGACUCAUUUUACUGAAAACAAACAGUAUUUCUGC